AUGUCUGAAUCUCGCAAGUCCAACAAGUCACCGCUUCAAUCGCUGGACCCGCAACCUAUCCGCAGCCCGUCUCCCACGCGAGAUCGGGACCGAGAACGAGAGCGAGAUCGUGGAGGACGAGAUCGCAGUAUGGAGCGUGGGAUAGAUCACGGUAUGGAUCGUGGGAUGGAGCGUGGAGUUGAUCGCGGUCCGGAGAGAGCAAAGUCAUAUCCAGGACCUGAAGCUCAGUAUGGAUCUGGGCCAUAUGAGUCUCAGAACAACUUCAGUUCCCAGGACUACGGCACCCAGGGCUACAGCCAGCAGAACUACGACUCGCAAGGCUACAAUGCUCAGGGCUACAACCAAUCCUACAACCCUCAGAACUAUCCUCCCGUCAGCGGCCCUCAGACAGGACCAAACAACAACCUCCCGAUGCGUCCGGUGUCUGAGUCUUAUCUUCCCAACCAUCCCGGAGCCAUGGCCAACUCGAUAAAAGCACCCCAGCAGAUGGUCCCCGCCGUGGUCCCGGCUGAUCUGCGAGAGCUACAGGCUCUCAGGACAAAUUGCCAGUUCAAUCUGCGCGAGUACAUGAGCCUGCAGCGGCAGCGACGUGGUGGCGAUUCAGCUGUUUCGGCUUAUGAGCUUGAGACCCGCGUCCGCCAUCAAACCAUGAUGGUUCUGAAUGAUCUGAGGAUCCUGCAGGGUGAGGUGCGCAGCAUCGCCAAAGAAGCCGAGAAUCACCGCUGGCGAAGAUGGAUCAUCGGAGGAGCCAUUGCCACUUUUAUACCUUUCAUCCGCAGAUUCUGGCGCCGAAGCGACGACGACGAAGACUCUCACUUAUCGGCCAACGACACCGAGUACGCCUUCAAGAAGUCAAAGGGCCUCCUAGACCAUAUAAAAAACGGCGUGCUAGGCAAAGGCCGGUUCGCCAAGUUAGCCUUCAUCGUGUUUGCCGUACUCUUUGUGUUUUCCAACGAGGUGUCCAUCCGAGUUGCCCGGACUGUGCAGAAGCGGCUUAAGAAGCUGACUGCGAGAAUCGAGCAUGGAGACCCGGACAUUGAUGACAAGGACAUGAAGCUUCUCGAGGGCUGGCGAUGGAGGGUUUUGCUGUGGUGA